CAUGGCGUUAUCACGAGCGGGCGAGAUGCUGUCCUCUCUUCGCUGUUUGUUGUAUUUAUUGGUCCUCAGCGUGGCAGGAAUAAACUCGUCGACUCUUCGUCUUCAUCCUGAGCAGCGUUACAUGCUGCCGCAAAACAGAGGAUUUUUCACAAUAGAAGCAAGUGAGGCUUCACUGCACGGAGAUGGAGGUGGCUCCGCGGCUCGAGCGCUGCAUCUGCCCGCUCGCAGUGGAAUCGAAGGCGGGUCGGUCUCCAGCGUCUACCCGCAGCAUCGAAGUCGCCGGAGCGCUGGUAAACCGGCGAUGCCAAAGGUGUACGGCCAGGCCAACCUGAAUGACUCUCACAACCAGAUGGUCGUCCACUGGGCAGGAGAGAAGAGUAAUGUCAUUGUAGCCUUGGCUCGAGACAGUGCAGGAACCACUGGGUCCAAAACCAGCUCGGUCUACGUGUCCUAUGACCACGGCACCACUUUCAUACCCGUCUCACACAAGUUCAAGUUUUCGGGGGCUAAGAUGAAGGACGGCAGCAAGCAGGUCAUCUCGCAGUUCUACCACAGCCCUGCAGACAACAGGAGGUACCUGUUUGUGGACUCUACCAACAACUACCUUUGGAACGCCUUUGACUUCUGUAGGAACGUCCAGGGCUUCUCCCUCCCCUUCAAACCCACCGACCUGCUGCUCCACAGCAGACGAGCCAACCUGGUGCUCGGCUACGACGGCUCCCAUCCCAACAAACAGCUGUGGAAAUCGGACGACUUUGGGGAGACGUGGGUGUUGAUCCAAGAGCACGUGAAGACCUACUUUUGGGGUGUGGAACCCUACGACCCCCCAACCACAGUCCUCGUCCAGAGAAACGAGCCCCAGGGUGUAUCCACUAUACUCAGCAGCACUGACUUCUUCCAGAGUGAACAGAACCGCAGACUGAUCCUGGAGCAGGUGGACAGCUUCCAGCUCCGAGACAAGUACAUGUUUGCCACCACCACACGGAAACUGUUGGGAAGCCACGAACCAUCAUCUGUUCAGCUCUGGGUGUCCUACAACCGCCAGCCAAUGAAAGCAGCCCAGUUUAUGACCCGCCAUCCAAUCACAGAGUACUACAUAGCAGAUGCAUCUGAGGACCAAGUGUUCGUGUGUGUGAACCACUUGAACAACGUCACACACCUCUACAUCUCAGACACACAGGGUCUCGCCUUCUCUCUGUCGCUGGAGAACGUGCUGUAUUACAGUCCUGAGAGCUCUGGCAGCAACACACUCAUCAGGUAUUUUGCCAAUGAGCCGUUUGCAGACUUGCACCGUGUGGAGGGGCUGAGGGGCGUCUACAUCGCCACGCUCAUCAACGGCUCUGUGAGCGAGGACAACAUGCGAUCUGUCAUCACGUUCGACAAAGGAGGGACGUGGGAGUUGCUUCAGUCGCCUGCUACCGACAGCCUGGGCGGAACCAUAGACUGCCAGCUCAGUAAAGGUUGCUCCCUUCACCUGGCUCAGCGCUGGAGCCAGUUGUUUAACAUCCAGCUAAGAAGAAUACCCAUUUUAUCCAAGGAUUCUGCACCUGGACUUAUUAUGGCCACAGGAUCUGUUGGCAGGAACUUGGCCAACAAACCCAAUGUGUAUGUAUCCAGCAGCGCUGGAGCCCAGUGGAGAGAGGCAUUGGCAGGCCCUCAUUUCUACACCUGGGGUGACCAUGGCGGCAUCCUGAUGGCUAUUGCACAAGGAGGCCCCACCACACAACUGAAGUUCAGCACCAAUGAAGGCGAGACGUGGACCGACUUUCGGUUCUCAGAAAAGGAAGUGUACGUUUACCAGCUGCUGACAGAGCCCGGAGAGAAGAGCACCAUCUUCACCAUUUUUGGCUCGUAUGCCGAGCAGAGACACAGCUGGCUCAUCUUGCAGGUCAACACCUCUGACAUUCUGGGCGUGCCUUGUUCUGAGAAGGACUACAAGCACUGGUCCCCAUCUGACGAGCACGGUAAUGAGUGUCUGCUGGGCAGAGAGAUAACGUUCAAAAGGCGAGCGCCUCACGCUACGUGUUUUAACGGAGAGGAUUUUGACCGGCCGGUCACCAUCUCUAACUGCUCCUGCACACGCCAGGACUACGAGUGUGACUAUGGCUUUAAGCUGAGUGAGGACUUGUCCCUUCAGGUGUGCGUGCCUGACCCUGAGUUCUUGGGCGACCUCUACGCUCCACCCGUUCCUUGUCCUGUUGGUACUACCUACCGCCGCAGCAAAGGCUACAGGAAGGUACCAGGAGACAGCUGCAGCGGCGGAGAUGUGGAGGCCCGGCUGGAUGGAGAGAUGCUGCCUUGUCCUGUCGGAGAGAGUAAUGAGUUCAUCCUGUACGCUGUGAGGAACUCCAUCCAUCGCUACGACCUGGCCACGGGCACUGACCAGGCUCUGCCUCUGGCUGGCCUCAGGGAGGCUGUGGCUCUGGACUUUGAUUAUGACCGCAACUGCCUGUACUGGGCCGACAUCUCCCUGGACACCAUACAGCGCCUGUGUCUGAAUGGCAGCACAGGUCAGGAGGUUGUCGUGAGGAAAGACCUGCAGAAUGUGGAGGCUCUGACCUUUGACCCCAUCAGUAGACUGCUAUACUGGGUGGAUGCUGGAGCGCAGAAGAUUGAGGUUUCAAACCCUGAUGGGGAUCUGCGGCACACCCUGCUCAACUCUUCCAUCCUCGAACACCCGCGAGCUUUGGUUCUGCUGCCCGGAGAGAGUCUGAUGUUCUGGACUGACUGGGGAGACCAAGCGCCUGGCAUUUACCGAAGCUACAUGGAUGGAACCAACGUGUCCCGCAUCGUGUCCGAGGGUGUCCGAUGGCCCAACGGUAUCACGGCCGACGACCACUGGCUGUACUGGACCGAAGCCUACAGCGACCGCAUCGAGAGGGCCGACUUCAUCGGAGGGCAGAGGCGCGUCCUCAUGGAGGGGCUGCCCCACCCGUACGCCAUAGCUGUGUUCAAGAAUGACCUGUACUGGGAUGACUGGUCUAAAAUGGGAAUCUUCAAAGCUCCAAAGGCUGGUUCCCAAAACAACGAGCUGAUUGUUGGCAGGCUAACUGGAGUCAUGGACCUGAAGAUCUUCUAUAAGGGGAAGAACAGAGGCCAUAACGCUUGUGCCGACCAGCCGUGCAGCCUGCUGUGUCUGCCUCAGCCCGGCCACAGGCACACCUGCGUUUGCCCAGACGGCGCCCCGACUCUAACGACGCCCAGCGGAGAGCUGCAGUGUCAGUGUCCCCAAGGCUACCAGCUCCACAACAACACCUGCAUCAAGACGGAACACAGCUGUCUGCCAAACCAGUAUCGCUGCUCCAAUGGCCGCUGCAUCAGCAGCAUCUGGAAGUGUGACAGCGACAACGACUGUGGGGACAUGAGUGACGAACAAGAGUGUCCCACUACGACUUGUGACCCGUCCAACCAGUUUCGCUGCGUGGCCUCAGGUUCCUGCAUCCCUCUGGCCUUUAAAUGUGACCAUGAGGAUGACUGUGGAGACAACAGUGAUGAGGAGAACUGUGAUUCUCAUCAGUGUGGGCCCGAUGAGUUCACGUGUGCACGUGGUGUUUGCAUCCGCAAGAGUUGGCGCUGCGAUGGAGACAAUGACUGCAGAGACUGGUCAGAUGAAACAAACUGCACUGUGGGCCACCAUACCUGUGAGCCCAGCAGUUUCCAGUGUAACACAGGUCACUGUAUACCUCAGCGCUGGAAGUGUGACGGUGAUGAUGACUGUCAGGAUGACUCGGACGAAGAUCCCCAACACUGUGAGGGAACUCAGUGUAAAGGCUUCCUGUGCUCCAAUCACACCUGCCUGCCAGCCUCCGCGCACUGCAAUGGCAUCAAGGAGUGUCCAGACGGCGCCGAUGAGAACAACUGUGAUCCCCUGUGCACUCGCUACAUGGAGUUUGUAUGUCAGAACCGAGCCCAGUGCCUGUUUCAGUCUCUGGUGUGUGAUGGGAUCAAACACUGUGAAGAUGGCUCUGAUGAGGAUGCCGAGUAUGCACAAUGUGCCGCACCGUCUGAAUUCAGCAAAGUGUGUGACAUCUAUACCUUCCAAUGUGCCAACGGAGUGUGUGUGAGUCUGGAGUGGAAGUGCGACGGCAUGGAUGACUGUGGGGAUUAUUCCGACGAAGCCAACUGUGCUGCUCCGACCGAGGUCCCAGGCUGCUCCAAGUAUUUCCAGUAUGAGUGCAAAAAUGGGCGUUGUAUCCCCACGUGGUGGAAGUGUGACCUGGAGAAUGACUGUGGGGACUGGUCUGAUGAAUACAUAUGUUCAGGUGGUUCAGAUCCUCACACUGUGGCCCCCGGCCCCUCCACGUGUGCGCCCAACCGCUUCCACUGUGGCUCAGGGGCUUGCAUCAGCAACACCUGGGUGUGCGACGGCUAUGCUGACUGCCCUGACGGCAGCGACGAGUUUGGAUGUCCGACAGCAGUUAAUGGCUCUGUGACUCCUGCCUUGGUACCCACUGAGAACCCUCAUUCGCCCGAUCGCUGCAGCCGGAGUCAGUUCCAGUGUCAGCGCCCCGCCCGCUGCAUCCCCGACUGGCAGCGCUGUGAUGGACACGCCCACUGUCAGGAUGGCUCUGAUGAAGCACACUGCCCCACCCACGGUCCUCUGUCCUGUGUUAAUGGGACUCGCUGUUCUGAUGGUGAAGCCUGUGUGCUGGACAGUGAGAAGUGCGAUGGCUUCCUGGACUGCUCCGACCACAGUGAUGAAGAUGGCUGCACCGCGGACACGUUGGCCUAUAAAGUCCAGAACCUCCAGUGGACACCAGAUUUCUUGGGUGGCAUCACUCUGACCUGGACCCGGCCUAAAAACCUUCCCCAGGACUCUUGCUCCUUCCUCAUCUACUACAGGCCUGUGGGCACAUUGCCGUGGACCCCUAUGGAUACCCACAGCAACAAGACCAGCUACAAACUGACCGUGCUGAAGCCCGACACCACGUACCAGGUGAAGGUGCUCACUCAGUGUCUCAGCAAACUGCACAAGACCAAUGAGGUGAUCACAGUCCGGACACCAGAGGGAUUGCCUGACCCUCCCAGGAAUCUGCAGCUGUCCUGUGAUAAUAAUGGUGUGGAUGGGACAGUGGUGGUUUCCUGGAGUCCCCCCGACAAGAGCAACGGCCUCAUCAGGGAGUACAUUGUUGAGUACAGCGUGUUUCAAAGCGCUGACUGGACGUCGGCGAGAUCCAAAUCAGAGACGACUAAGGUGUACGAGCUGCGUCCAGAAACGCAGUACAAUUUCAGGGUGGCUGCGGUGACCAGUCGAGGUGUGGGAAACUGGUCCGAGGUGAAAUCCAUCACCCCUAAGAAAG